AUGUCGCUCACCUACGCGACAAUCCCGCUCCAAGUUGAAGGCGUCAGCCUCAACCUCUCCACAAUUCACAAUUUGAAUACCAACCCUCCAAUUCUAUUUCUCCAUGGGUUUGGAUCCUGCAAAGAAGAUCUAGCCGACAUUGUCGUCAACCCGCGCUUGCAACAUCAUGGGUUUAUCGCCUUUGACGCGCCAGGCUGCGGGCAUUCAGACAGUGACAAUCUCUCCGCCACAGAUAUCCCUUUCCUCGUCGCAACUGCGGAGGCAAUUCUGUCGCACUUCCAAAUUACCAAAUUUCACCUGAUGGGUCAUUCUAUGGGAGGACUCACUGCGCUCCUUCUUGCCCACCGCCACCCUGAUCGGGUUUUGAGCUUCGUGGAUAUCAAGGGCAAUCUGGCAUCGGAAGAUUGCUUCCUGAGUCGGCAAAUUUUCAGUGUCCCCUCUGAUGACCCAGAGGCGUUCCUCGAUGCCUUUAUCACUCGCACUCGCGAGACCAAGUCUUUCGGCAACCCUUUAUAUGCGAGCACCUUGCGCGCCAGAGUACGCGCCGGUGCCGUACGUGCGAUUUUCGAGUCGAUGGUGCAACUAUCGGAUAGUGGUGAUCUGCUAGGAAUGUUCCUAGGACUGCCGUGUCCAAAGAUGUUCAUGUUUGGGGAUGAGAACCGCGGACUGUCAUAUCUCGGGCGAUUGGAAAAGGAGGGUGUCGAAUUGGCGCAGAUCCCCGAGAGCGGGCACUUCCCCAUGUAUUCCAAUCCGGUUGAGAUGUGGCGCCGGAUUGCGGAUUUUUUGCAAAAAUUAGCUUGA